UUGUUUCUUUAUCCUUGUUUUCUCGUCUCAGACCUAAGUUGACCUUGACAGUGGUCCAGGGGAAGUGGCUUGGCAUUCGGGACAAGCACUGGACUUGGAGGUGUCUGUGUCACAACAAAGGUGGUCCAGGUGGGGAGCUGUCCCUUUAACACAGGAGGAGGGGUCAAGGCCACAGGAAGCUGCAGGAAGCUGGCAGAGCCAGUGCCCAGGCACGCUGGUGGGCAGCAGGCUGGGGCUGAGCUGGUCUGGGGACUGUUGAGAAGGAAGCUAGACCAUGAGCUCCGGCAAAGCAGGGGCUGCCUCUGACGUGUCCCCUCCUGGGUCCCAAAACCUGGAACUGCCUGGCACAUAGGACUCUUGGCUGGAGCUGCCGGGGCUAGGACGUUUGUGCCCUCCUGCAGGCCCUCUAGGUGGUUGCUGGGAUGGAGCGCCCUCUGGCGGAGUGUGCCAAGGGUGAGCACUUCCACAUCGUCACACCUCUGCUGGAGAGCUGGGCACUGUCCCAGGUGGUGGGCAUGCCUGUCUUCCUCAAGUAUGAGAAUGUGCAGCCGACUGGCUCCUUCAAGAUCCGUGGCAUUGGACAUUUCUGCCAGGAGGUGGCCAAAAAGGGAUGCAGACACCUGGUGUGCUCCUCAGGGGGUAACGCGGGCAUCGCUGCUGCUUACGCUGCUCGGAAGCUGGGCAUCCCAGCCACCAUUGUGCUCCCCGAGGGCACCUCUCCGCAGGUGGUGAGGAGGCUGCAUGGGGAGGGGGCCGAAGUUCAGCUGACUGGAAAGGUCUGGGACGAGGCCAAUCUGAGGGCGCAAGAGUUGGCCAAGAAGGACGGCUGGGUGAACAUCCACCCGUUUGACCACCCCCUGAUAUGGGAAGGCCACGGGAGCCUGGUGCGGGAGCUGAAGGCAGUGCUGGGGACCCCACCGGGUGCCCUGGUGCUGGCAGUGGGGGGCGGAGGCCUCCUGGCCGGGGUGUCGGCUGGUCUGGCAGAGGUGGGCUGGCAGCACGUGCCCAUAAUUGCCAUGGAGACGCAAGGGGCACACAGUUUCAAUGCGGCCAUCAAGGCAGGCAGGCUGGUGACACUGCCGGACAUCACCAGUGUAGCCAAGUGCCUGGGUGCCAGGACGGUGGCUGCACAGGCCCUGGCGUGUACGAAGGAGUUCAAGGUCUUCUCUGAGGUGGUGGAGGAUUCUGAGGCCGUGAGCGCCGUGCAGCGGUUCCUGGAUGAUGAGCGAACGUUGGUGGAGCCUGCCUGCGGGGCAGCCUUAGCUGUCAUCUACUCAGGCCUCCUGGGGAGGCUCCAGGCUGAGGGCCGCCUGCACCCUUCCCCGGCCUCGGUCGUGGUCAUCGUGUGUGGAGGCAACAACAUUGACAGUGGAGAGCUACAGGCUCUGAAAGCCCAGCUGGGCCAGGGCUGAGGGAACCUGGUUUAGGAGGGCCGGCUGGGCCCCAGUGAUCCCCAAGAGGCUCCUGGACACCCCUGGAGGGGGUUGCUGGCUGAGGGGCCUCUGUGCUCAUGGAUGGCAGUGGCAGCUGCCCUGUGUUGCUACGCUGGCUGCCUCCUACAGGAAGCCCUCCUGAACUGCUCCCUUUGGCUUCCCUGCAGCUCUGGCCAAUAAACCCUUUCUGAGUUGGGCCUGUAACUCCAGCAGGUCCAUUUUUUCCACCUCCAUGAACUCAGAGAAGGCACACAGCAACCUGAUGCCAGCACUCUGAUGAAGCGACUCUUUUCACAUCACACGGCUUGUGCAACAAAGCCAAGAAUUCAGAACUCCGGUUCCUAAGGGAAUCUGGCCAUGCUGAGCUUCUAACUGGGCUUCCCUUACCUGGCAGACCUGCUCAGGAAGGGGAGGGGGACAUUCUGUCACUUCUCAGGCCUGGGCUGGUAGGACAAUAUUGCCAGUCUUUAUCAAGUGCUUGUCAUGUGCCAGAAAUGCUUCUAAGAACUUUCUAUUCAUUGUCCUCUUUAACGUUCACAAAGGCACUAUGAAGUAGAAACCAUUAUUAUCGUCCCUGUUCUACAGAUGGGGACACUGAGGCAUGGAAAGGUGACAUAACUCGCUCGAGGUCACACAGGCUGGAAUGUAGCCCAGCCAGUUUCAAACCCUGUGAUUUUCGACAUGACUCUGUAUUUCUUGGACCUCCACCUUCUUUGUGUGGUGGGACAUUGGAGAAGGAGGUAGGGCCUCCAGGUCGGUCUGGACACACCUGUGGGUCACAAGGAGGGUGGACACUGGUCCUGAAACUGGACACCUGCAGCCCCUGGAAAGGAUCUCUUCGGAAACCGAGAGAAAAAUUAGAAUCCUUUGUGGCCACCAGGGGGCAGCAAAUUGUCUCCAAUGGGGAAGCCCCCGGCUCCAGGCAGGUGAGACCUGCCCCAGGGUCUUCCUUGACUCUACCCAGCCGGGGGGUGCUGAGGUCCCAGAGGCGAAUGGGCCCACACAGUCUUGGCAUGGGGGGAGCCCUAUCCAACCCCUCCCAGUGCUGCAGGAAACAAGGCUCAGAGAGGGUGGGGGCCACCCUGUAGACAUCGACCUCGGUUGCCAAGGUUGUCCCUCCAGAAGCCUCCAGGACCCAGCUCUAUGUCCUUGUGGGUUCCUAGAAUAGACACUGAGUGCUCCAGAGCGGGACACAGCCAGGCUUGAGCCUGAACUUUGUUCCUACUCACUACUCCAGUGACCUUGAGUAAAUGAUGCUCUGGUUCAGUACCUCAGUGUUCUAAUCAGUAAAAUGGUUUGUUUGAAGAUUACUACUAGGACCCGGCAUAGGUAUAGUCCUUCAAUAAUUGCUAGUUCUUACCACCUCCUGAGUGUUCCUCCUGCAACAAUGAGGGGUGUGGAGGAACUAGUAGUUAUUCUUGUGUUGAGCACCUACUGUGUGCUUCGGGUCUUAGCAGUCAUUUCAUUUAAUCCUGCAAUAACCUAUGUGGUAGAUAGUAUUAUAAUCUUCAUUUUUGCAAAUGAGGAAACCGAGGCACAGAGCAGUCAAGCACUUACUCCGAGUCACACAGCUGAACUGGAAUGCUACUAUGUAAACACCUGGGCUUGUGCCUCUAACCACGACUGCUCUCCUACCUCCUUUCCUUUGCUUAAGCCAUGCCCCCUGCAUGCCAUGCCCUCUACGAUUCUAAAUCCUACACAUUCUUCGAAGGCCAGUGUAAGGGCAGCCUCCUCCCUGAAGCCCCUGGGAUUGCUUCAGCCAGAGACCAUCUCCCCAACCCCGCACUCCUCCAGGUGAGCGGCAGAGCCCGUCUCCACUCCAGGUGCUCUGUCUCCCACUCCGGCUCCUGUCCUUGGCUGCACUCAUGGGAGACUUGUCAGCUGCCGUUUGCUCCUCUCCUGGUCUCGGCAAGCUUGAGAUAAGAACCCGAGGGGCCUGUUGACCCUGUCCAGAUAACACACGUCAAUUACCUUGGAGGAGCCCUUCCUGGCUGGCACCCAAGGAAUGCCAAGGGCAGGGCAGAGGCACAGGGCGAGAGCAGGACGUGGACGGUUGAAGCUGAGGUGAUGGUGUUAUGACCUGAUGUAGCAGGCUGGGCACUGGGGCUGAGAAACUAUUGCCAUUCUGCCUUUGCCCUCCUGGACCACUCAGUGGGGGAAGUGGGGAGCCUACAAGGAGGGUCCUGGGAGCAGGAGAUUUUCUAUAUUGGUCCAGGGCUCUGUGGAGAGCACUGAACACUGGGUCACCAGGUGUGUGUACCUGCCUGAGAUACACCCAGCUUCCCCAUCCCAGCUGGGGCCCCUCUCCUGGGAGGGGGGCCCUUUGGUUCCCUGUGGGUUCUGUCGGCCGAGGUUCCCUCUGUCUUCUCAUCAGCGGGACUCU